AUGAGUGGCCAUAAAAUGGUGUUGGCAAAAGCGUUCGUCGCUACUCGCAAGGCUCUUUCUUUGCUGUUAUUCAUGAACUUUAUUGCUUGUGAAUUUAUUGUUCGUGAUUUUGCAAUCUCGAACUUGAAAUUGGAUUUGGUUUGCGAUGUUUUCUGCGGAGGAAUCAUCGUUGUUGAAUAA